ACUCACCCUUAAAAACCCUAAGAAGCACCCAUAGCAAGUUCUUUAUGCCACAGCCUCCACUCCAACACCCACCCACUCCCAUUUACCCGUCGGAGCUUGACGUAAUGGCCGCCCUAUACAGCAACAGCUCCACCGCCCUCCUCCAAAACAUCACCAUCAGCACUACGAUUAUUGCCACCAUUUCAACUAUUAUUACCAUCAGCACCAUUCAUUGAAAUCCCAUCUCUGCUCUUCAUUUUUUAAUCACAUAGUGAGAAAUAAAUAAAUAAAUAGACUCACUUUCAAUACGCAAGAAGAAGAAAACAUAAGCUUACAAAAAUGGCUGCCAUGAAGAGCUAUAGCGUAUGCUUGAGGGAGUCUACUCUCCAGUUUCCGCGUCCUUAUUGCGGUGAUAAUUACAAGAGGAGGGGUGGAAAAUGGAGAUCUCCACAAGCUGCUGUAAUACCAGAUGUUCAUCUUCCAAUGCGUAGUCUUGAAGUUAAAAACAGGACAUCGGCAGAGGAUAUAAAAUCUCUUAGAUUGAUAACAGCCAUCAAAACCCCGUAUCUGCCUGAUGGUAGAUUCGAUCUCGAAGCAUACGAUGCAUUGGUGAAUAUGCAGAUUGUUAAUGGUUCUGAAGGUGUGAUAGUUGGUGGCACAACUGGUGAAGGCCAGCUAAUGAGCUGGGACGAACACAUAAUGCUCAUAGGCCACACUGUUAAUUGUUUUGGUAGUUCAGUGAAGGUGAUUGGAAACACUGGAAGUAACUCUACAAGGGAAGCGAUUCAUGCCACAGAGCAAGGUUUUGCAGUUGGAAUGCAUGCUGCUCUUCACAUCAAUCCGUACUAUGGCAAAACCUCCGUGGAGGGGAUGGUUUCUCAUUUUGACUGUGUGCUACCUAUGGGUCCCACUAUCAUAUACAAUGUGCCAUCCAGAACUGGCCAAGAUAUCCCCCCACGUGUUAUUCAUACUAUAGCACAGAGUCCAAACCUGGCAGGAGUCAAGGAAUGUGUUGGUAAUGAUCGGGUUGAACAAUAUACAGAUAAAGGAAUUGUGGUGUGGAGUGGGAACGAUGAUCAAUGCCAUGAUGCUAGGUGGAACCAUGGGGCUACUGGUGUGAUUUCUGUUACUAGCAACUUGCUUCCAGGCUUGAUGCGGAAACUCAUGUUUGAGGGGAAGAAUACUGAACUAAAUUCAAAACUCCUGCCGCUUAUUGACUGGUUAUUUCAGGAGCCAAACCCCAUUGCAUUAAACACAGCUCUUGCUCAGCUUGGGGUUGUAAGGCCAGUUUUCAGGCUGCCAUAUGUGCCUCUUCCUCUGGCAAAGAGGAUAGAAUUUGUGAAUUUGGUGAAGAAAAUUGGCCGGGAGAAUUUUGUAGGAGAAAAAAAGGUUCAGGUUCUUGAUGACGAUGACUUCAUCUUGAUAAGUCGGUAUUAGACAGUACAUCUUGUUGAGACGGUUCUUGAUGACGAUGACUUCAUCUUGAUUAGUCGGUAUUAGACAACAGUAUAUCUUGUUGAGACUUCUAGUGUGGGCUCGCCAAUUACUAGCUCACAUUUUAUGUGCUUUUCCAAUUCACUUUAGCAACACAUAAGCUUCAUGAUGUGGUGCUAGGAUAUGGCAGAAGGCAGAUGAAGAUGCCUGUCUUACGCCCUCUUGCGUUUGCUUGCGUGUAAGAGCAGGAAAUGGCUCGUUUGCUAGUUGCUUUGUCUA